GCAGCGCAGAUGUCUUGCAGGAAUUUACGCAAUCAAGUUAUCUCAUUCUGAAUGACGAUCAAGCUUCAAGCCCUGUCAGCGCAGCCCUGCCGCAACCAAGGUCAUCGGAGGGGACUGGAACCGAUAGACAGGAUGGGAGAACUCCGCGAGAUCUUCGUGAUCAGAGCGCGCUGCAUGGCUGUGCAUAGAGCGACAGCCUAAAAGCAGCAGGUGAUGCUCCUACGAUGUUGGGGACGAGCGACCAGCACCCCGAGUCUCAGUUCUCAGCAACGCUGAUCGCACCAUGCUUGCGAACAUGCAUCGCCGCCCAAAUAUCAAUCGAUCUGUUCCCACUGCGCCUGAUUCAAAACCCGAACGACCCGACAGAAAACAUGGAGAGGACCGUAAGAGGAGUUCACCCAGCAGGCUGGGGAGAGAUGCUCUACUACCAGUAGCCGCAACUUGAAGGACCGGAGAAGGAUUGGUGUCACGUGGUAAUCACGUUGCUGUACUCUUCGCAUUUGGCACUUUGCCGACCAAAACCAUCUUCAUACGCAUCCGAUGAUGCCCGUCGCAGACACCGAAAUCAUUUUCCUCGGGACCGGAACGAGCAGCUCUCUUCCUCACAUCGCAUGCAUAACUGCCCAAGCCAUCCCGGGAUCGUCCGAAGACCCACCCUGCAGAACGUGUCUGAGCACCAUAGACGGAAGCAUAGAGGGAAAGAAGAACAUCCGCCGUAACACGAGCAUCGUCGCUCGUCUACCUGGAGAUGUAACAAUUCUCAUAGACUGCGGCAAGACUUUCCAAGCGGCUGCCUUGGAAUGGUUUCCAAAAUACAAAUUACGUAAGAUCGAUGCUGUGCUUAUCACGCAUGCGCACGCCGACGCAAUCAACGGUUUGGAUGAUCUUCGAGCUUGGACACUGAAUAACAGGAUCCAACCGCACAUUGAUCUCUAUGCUUCAGCGGAUACUUAUAAAGAUAUUAAGAAGACAUUCCCGUAUCUAGUUUCGAAAGAAUUCGCGUCUGGGGGAGGCGAUGUCCCAGAUUUUGUGUGGCAUGUGUGCAUCGAAGACGGAAAACCAUUUGAAAUUCAAGACAAGCCUGUGACCGUGACUCCAUUCUUGGUCAACCACGGUCGGCUGUUUGUCAAGCCGGUAUUAGACGCAGUUGCUGGACUGUCCAUACAUGAUUCACAAGCGCCGCCGGAGGUUAUCAUACCGUACAUGUGCUUCGCAUUCCGGAUCGGGGACGAGUUUGUUUACAUCUCAGACUGCGCGGCCAUCCCAGACAAAGCCUGGGACUCGCUCCGCCUCAGCAGCGAUAAGCAGAUUCCGGUCUGUAUACUCGAUUGCCUGCAUCUGGAGCCGCAUUCGUCGCACUUUGGGCUGAAAGGCUGCGUCGAUGCCGCGAGGAAAAUCGGGGCCCAGCGGACUUACAUGCUAGGUUUCUCGCACGAUGUUGCGCAUGACGAGUAUGAGGCGAUCGGGCGAGUCAUUGGCGGGGCGGAGCCUCCCGCAGAUCCGACGGAAAACGUGCGGGUGGGCAUUGGCAUGGUCGCAAGCUCAGAGCAUAUUUGGAUACGGCCGGCUCAUGACGGUCUCCGAAUUAGCAUUUCGGGCGACUCUGUUACAGACGAUACAUAUUAGUAGAGAUCAUAGAUGUCUUGCACAAGGAAGGAUGCGUCAGGCCGGCAGCUAGCGCUCAACUUCCAUGAUAAAUCGCUGACAAGGCAAACAUUGAUAGAUAUCUGGAUCCGCAGCAUUAUCACUUUUGCGACCAAUGGCUGACCGAGAGAGGGAACGGCGGGACGCGUGGUCUCGAGUCACGAGCAGCAUCGAGCUAAGCCCGUCCAUAAAGGACCAGAUGUGAAUGGAACUCGAAUCAAUUUGCGCCGACAUUCUCAACAUGGACACCGCCGCAUUCGAGAAAGCUAACAAGAUUUAUGCUGCAGGAUUUCAGGAGCCAGAUUUACGUCGAGUGUUCAAAGAUGUCAUCGUUGGUAGGGCCCAUUUGCUCCAGAUCCUGCCUCACAAGCCUCAAAUUAUGUCAGUAACGUGUAUGGAUCCACGAAUCCAACCGUACGAGCAGUUGGGACUCAAAUCAGGCGAGGCCAUCACCAUUCGCAAUGCAGGAGGCUCAGCGAGAGAAGCCGUGCGUAGCAUCGUCGUUGCCCAACACUUUGUCGGUUCCAGGGGGGAGAUCGCAGUCUUCCACCACACAGACUGCGGUAUGUCACGAACAACGUCGCAGGAAUUGCGCGUGUCAGUGAAGAAGGCCAAUCCCGGAAGAGAAGACGUCGCGAAUGUAGUCGACGGUAUGGAUUUCUACCACAUCACUCAUAUCGAAGAUUCGGUGAAAGAGGAUGUCAAGUUCCUUGGGGCCAAUCCGCUGGUCAUCAGGGGAACCAGAGUUUCCGGUUGGGUGUACGAUGUCGAGACGGGCAAAAUUCGCAAGAUUUUGAGCUCAGUCGCGGGAGAGGUCUAGAGUCGAAAGUUGGUCGUCCUCAGGUUAGAAGUACAUAUAGACUUGGAGUGAUCGGAUCAGUCGAUCGAUUCGAUUCUUGUCUCUUGAUCUCGAACGAUGACUAUGAGCGAAUCGGACCCUGCCCAACUGGCCAAACUCGCUGCGCUGUCCCCGCCGACAGAAUCUGAACAACCUGUCAUUGCUGUGGAUCUCGAUGACGUCUUGAGUGAAACCAAUACUGUGGUGGCAACUUGGCACAAUGAGAGCUACGGCACGGACAUGGAUCUUUCUAAAUUCUACUAUUUCUAUUGCUGGAAGAACCCUUUUUGGGGCACUCCCGAAGUGACAUUCGAGAAGUUCAAACAAUUCUAUUCGACCGGCGUGUUAUUCAGCGCCCAUCCUAUACCUGGCGCACGGGAGGGUAUCCAGGCGUUGAAGGAUCUGGGAUACAAAUUGGUCAUCGUUACUGCGAGAUCUGCGGAUGUCGCCGACGCCAGCUACGAGUGGGUUGAGAAGUAUUUUCCUGGUCAAUUUUCUAAUAUCGUCUUCACUGGACAGUUCAGUGACGCGAGCAAGCUACAUCGCAAAGAAAUUUUAACCCAUCUUACAAAAGGACAGAUUUGCGCCAGCCUUAAGGCCCAAGUCUUGAUUGACGACUCGGCGGAGAACGCAUUACAAGUUUCGACUGCUGAAACGGCUACACGCGUCCUUUUAUUCGGGGACUAUGAAUGGAACAAGAGGAUAUCGCUCACUGGAAAUGCUUCAGACCACAUGUCGUUCGACGAACGCUUGGCUGCAUGCGACGGCCGUGAAUUCUGGAAAGACGAAACUCUUGAAGUCCCCGACGGAGCCCCGCUUGAGCGCGCAAAGGACUGGAGCGAAGUCAUAAGAUGGGUUAAGCGGGCAAAAGAGGAAGGCAGAAUUGAGUAGAUAAGAUUAGAUAUACCCCAACCGGGGGACGGUGACUGUGACUAUCUUUCGUCAUAAGGUUGUGGCAGUGUUGAGGCUUCGGACCGCAAUCACAUGCAACUCGUUUGUAUCUUACUCUGAACGGUUGGCCAUCUUGGUCCCAUGUCUACGUCCACUCUCAGAACGCAGCAGCUACGGGACUUGGCUGCACGCCUGGGCAAGGGAUACGGAUCCCAUCGGCCUGCCAUCCAACGCAUCCUGAAUGCGGGGUUUGCUCUGUAUAUCAUCGCCUGGACGUAUCGGAGCCUGUCAGGUUCCGGUGGUGGAUCGAGAAAGGCUAAGGGGAAGGGAAGAGGGAAGGGAACUGGGAAAGAUGGGCCUGCGAAAGCACCUCGCGUUGCGGUCGACGCCGUCUUCUAUCAGCGGCUCUCCCGAAUACUAAGGAUAGUGAUACCGGGAAUGGCGAGCAAAGAGGCGCUCUUUCUUGUCAUGCACUCUAGCCUCCUCGUCUUUCGCACAGUGCUCAGCAUCUAUGUCGCGCACCUCGAUGGCGUGAUCGUGGCCAGUCUCGUUCGCGGCCAGACGCGUCAGUUCUUUUACAACAUCAUCCGUUGGCUGCUUGUGGCCAUCCCAGCCACGUGGACUAAUUCGUGGCUGAACUUCGUCCAAAGCAAGCUCGCGCUUGCCUACCGGAGCAAAUUGACUAAUGCAGUCUUGGGGGAGUACCUCGGGAAGGGUGCGGAGGGUGCGGAUGGUAAAGUGUACUACAAACUAUCUAAUCUCGAUGACCGUGUCGUCAACGCAGACCAGAUGAUAACGAAUGAUAUUCAGAAGUUCUCCGCGCAUCUGGCUGCGAUCUACUCUAACCUGGCUAAGCCGGUCCUCGACAUGAUCCUGUACAACUACCAGCUAUCCCAGAACGUAGGCGCUGAAGGACUGCUUGGUCUGACUCUGCUAGUUCAGUCGACGGCUGCCUUACUGCGUUACCUGACACCACCUUUCGGCGCAUAUGCAGCCAGUUCAGCCGAGCUCUCUGGGUCUUUGAGACACACUCAUUCAAGGCUCGUUGAAUUUGCGGAGGAGGUUGCGUUCAUGCGAGGCGAGGAGACCGAGAAGCUGCUGAUCGAGAGGGAAUACGCGAAUCUCAUCAAACACGAGAACCAUGUGCUCAAUCGCCGGUGGUGGUUCAGCAUUCUUGAAGAGGGCAUCAUCAAAUGGUUGUGGGGCAGUUUCGGACUGGUUCUCUGUGCGAUUCCGGUCUUCGUGAAGCUCCCUGGGAUCUCGCUUGUCGAUCUCGGAGGGAGAACUGAAGGAUUCGUCACGAACAGACGUCUGCUUUUGUCCUCUUCCGAUGCGUUCGGGCGCGUGAUGACGUCUUACAAGGACCUGUCUGAGCUGGCUGGCUACACUGCUCGUGUAUCGCUCCUGCUCGACACGAUGCAGGAUGUCAAGGAGGGGAAGUUCAACAAAGGGCUGAUUGCGAGCGCCGCGGAGGGCGAGAAUGCGGAAAUUUUGAAGGGACGAGGACAAGUUGUCGACUCUGAACACAAUAUCGAGUUCGAGAACGUGCCCAUUGUUACCCCGAACGGCGAUGUUCUCGUCAAGAGCCUGAGUUUCCACGUCAAACCCGGGGUGAGUACGACCCUCGUAAUGCAGCGCAUCAUCGAUAACAUUUAUGCAGCAACAUUUACUAAUCGUGGGCCCGAACGGUACCUGUCUUUCUCGCCAGAUGUAGCCGUGUUUUAUAACUAUGUUGCAGGCUGCGGAAAGUCAUCACUAUUCCGCAUUCUGGGCGGACUGUGGCCAGUGUACGGCGGAAUCGUCCGCAAACCACCGGCGUCUGAAUUCAUCCUGAUACCGCAGCGACCGUAUCUCACUUUGGGAACGCUGAGGGAUCAACUGAUCUAUCCUCACUCGAAAGCUGACAUGGAUGCCCGCGGAAUCACUGACGCGGACCUCUUCAAGAUUAUAUCGGUAGUCAAUAUGGACAGCAUCGUAGAACGCGAGGGGGGCUGGGAUGCCACGAAAGAAUGGCGAGAUGCUCUUAGCGGCGGGGACAAGCAGAAGAUGGCAUGGGCCCGACUGUUCUAUCACAAUCCCAAGUACGCGAUCCUCGACGAAGCCACUUCUCUUGUCCCAGAAGAGAUGGAGGGCAAGAUGAUGCAACAUGCCACUAGAUUGGGCAUCACUCUGUUGACCGUGUCGCACCGGCCAUCGCUCUGGAAGUACCACAGUCUUAUCUUGAGCUACGAUGGAAUGGGUGGCUAUGUCUUCACCAAGCUCGACGCCGAGAAGAGGUUGGCCCUUCAAGAAGAGAAACAAGCAUUGGAGGCUAAACUCCUCGAGAUUCCCAAGCUGGCCGCCAGAUUAGAGGAGUUGAAGAAAUUAGCUGAAAAUCGUUAGUCGGUACUUGGUGGUGUUGACGGAGUCCGGACCGGAUGUACCGGCGGGUCUCUUUUGUAGCUUAUGUCGCUGUAUAUGACGUGAUGACUCGGCUCCGGCACCUUUCCCUUGGAAUCACCUGCCGCGGCACUUUGUACUAUCUCUCUCUCUUCGUUCACGAUCCGACAUGCAUUUCUUUUCCCAGUCAUACAACUACGAACAUUCUUGGUCCCACGUCGUCCUCGGGAUGUGGCACAAAUACCCCAAUCCCAAAUGCACACACGUUAUCAGCAUAGACGUUGUGGAUCGGACGGUAGACCCGCAGACGGGCAUUAUUCGCACAGAGCGCAUCCUCGGUUGCAAACAGAAGGCUCCGGGGUGGAUCGUCAAGCUCUUCGGUGGCUCUGAAGACGCAUACGUCCGCGAGAUAAUAUUCGUCGACCCCGUCCAACAAAACGCCUCUAUCACAUCCGUCAACCUCUCCCUCUCCCAAUUCGCGACAUGUUUCGAGCGAAUAGAAUAUGCUCCCACACACGAUAACCGGACCACAUUCACGCAGACGGCAGAGAUCCAAGCACGAAUGGCGCUAUGGCGAAGUGCUUCUGACGGGCUUGAGCAGUGGCUCGUUCAGCGAUUUGAGCAGAACGCCCAUCUCGGAAAGCUCGGGUUUACAGACGUCCUGCGGGCAUUAGAGGAGCGACAGAUGGCGACGAGUCCGGCUUAGAGGCUGGGCGCGGGAUUCGUAGUUUGAUUGAUACACUCUAUUUUUUUAGAGCGGGCGUAGACGCGUAGGCACCCAAAAGUAUGCACCGCUGUAUUUCUAACAUUCGUGUACCUUAUGUCGGUAGAGGAUAAUUGCACUGUAGACCGAGGCAAUGAACGUUUUGACGCC